UACAUCAAUGGGCAGCCCCAAACAGCUGAUUUGAUGUAGCACGUGUGGCUUGUAUUGAAAUAUAUCGGCAUUUAUUUGUAUUAUUAAAAAACUUUUGGUUUAUAGCAAUUUAAAUUGAUCCAGAUGACCAAAACAGAGCCCAAAAAGCGCUCUAAGGCCCCUGCAGGCCCCAAGCGCUAUUUUGAUUCCUCAAAUCAAGGAGAUGGCGACGGCGAAUUGGAACCUAUAAAACUAAAACGCAAAACUCAACAGAAUUUCCUAGGCGAUUUUAUAAAAAUGACCCAAAGCAAGAGUAAACCAAAAGAUAAACUUAAAGUGAAACCCCCUAAGAAAGAAAAAAUAUCCCCACAUCUGGUGGAAAAAUAUACCCGUGGCGAUAAGGUGGAAUCACGAGGCGUCAAAACGCGUCACUUCAAGGAGCAGCAACAGCGUAAGGAAGUCUAUUUGGAAUAUGCCACCGAACAGGCGGCCCGAACCGAACUUCUGCUGACGGAGACGCCCGGUCAACUGGAAGCUGACGAAGAGGAGACAACAGCUAGCUUUCGUCAGGGUGAAAUAGUUGCGAAUGUAGACCUUCAAUCGGCGGCAAAACAUUUCCAGCUGCAGCUUGACUUUGGUCCCUACACUAUGAGCUAUACGAAAAAUGGUCGACAUUUACUCUUGGGCGGACGGCGUGGACAUGUGGCUGCCUUUGAUUGGGUCACCAAGAAGUUACACUGUGAAUUUAAUGUCAUGGAGAGCAUCAGCGAUGUCCAGUGGCUGCAUCUGCCUACCAUGUAUGCAGUGGCCCAAAAGUCUUGGGUUUAUUUUUACGACCACAAGGGCACCGAAUUGCAUUGUGUGAAGCGAUUAAACAAUGUGAAUCGUUUAGACUUUCUGCCCUAUCACUUUCUCUUGGCUGCGUCAAAUCGAACUGGAUACUUAUCGUGGCUGGAUGUCUCCCUGGGAGAGUUGGUGGGCAAUUUCAACACUGGCCUGGGCGAUAUACGUCUAAUGAAGCAUAAUCCAAGCAACGGGGUCGUCUGUGUUGGCGGUGGCAAGGGCGUAGUGUCCAUGUGGUCUCCAAAAGUGCGAGAACCCUUGAUCAAAUUGCUUACCCAUGGCACAGCCAUGACUGCCUUAAGUGUUGAUCCCAAGGGUCGGCAUUUGGUUACCGCUGGCCUGGACAAAACGGUAAAGGUGUGGGACUUGAGAAUGCUUAAUGACCAGCCUUUGGCUCUGUUCCACUUACGUUUGCCGGCCAAUCAAUUGGAUAUAUCACAGCGUGGCAUGUUGGCCCUUUCCCAGGGCACUUAUCUGGAGGCCUAUACGGAUAUUCUAUCCGGCGGUGGCACCGGUGACCCCACAAAGCUGCCAUAUCUACGUCAACGUUGUGAUGCCUUCGUCCAUGGCCUCCACUAUUGUCCCUAUGAGGAUGUCUUGGGUGUAUCCACGGCAAAGGGUUUUGUUUCGUUGCUUAUUCCUGGCUCGGGAGAACCCAAUUUCGAUGCCCUUGAGGAUAAUCCGUAUGAGACGAGAAAACAACGUCGCGAACACGAGGUUCACGCCCUGCUCGAGAAAAUCCCCGCCGAAUUGAUAACCAUGGAUCCACAAGAGAUUAUUGGUGUCGAUGCGCCCACAUUGCAGGAAAAGAUCGAUGCCAAACGGCAAUUGUUCCAUUUGAAACCAACUAAAAUUGAAAUGAAAUCUCGCCGCAAAAUGAAAGGACGUGGUGGCACAGCCAAAAUGGCUCGCAAUAAACAAAUUGUCAAGGAUCUUAAGCGCAAGGAGUUCAUAUCGGACAUCAAGAAGGCCAAGCAGAAUGUUAUAGCGCAAAGCAGAAGCAAAGAUGCAGGAGAUGAGGCCUCCAAAUUCUCUUCCAAAACCAAACAACGUUCUGUCUUGGAUCGUUUUAAGCCCAAGAAUCAAAAGAAAUCACAGAAGAGUUAAUAACUAUAAUACAUUUUUGUAUUUUCUUAUUUAAGUUUUUAAUUUCUCUUUUUUUUGUAUGUACAAACAAAUAAUUAACUUAGGUCCUUAAUUAUAUGUAAUUAACGAUUGAAAA